AUGGUUGCUACAUGGGGUGAUUGGAAUAAACUGCAGAAAUUCUACUUCAGUAACGUAGGGGUGAUUGGAAUAAACUGCAGAAAUUCUACUUCAGUAACAUGGGAUGGUUGGAGUCAGCAACGUACUUAUUACCUCUCCUCUAGUGCUAAUCAGGUUCGAACUUUAUUCGUUAGUGGCUUACCUAUGGACGCUAAACCAAGGGAACUUUACCUGCUGUUCCGAGCUUACAAGGGUUACGAAGGUUCCUUGUUAAAAGUUACAAGUAAAAAUGGAAAAACAUCUUCGGCUGGAAUCCUUAUUAAUUCACCGGCACCUUUUUUCUUCCUCUAUUUUCCACUCGUUUCAGAAGAAAUAGGAGCUGCACUACUGCCAGCUGCUCACGAUGGUUGGCCACAUCUGCCUUUGUCCUAUGCUGAGGUGCCUGUUUCGUCAGCCCUCCACACCGCGGCGCUGAUGCACCCUGCACUCCAUGCUCAGCUUCCGCCGCCCCUGACGGUACCUCAUCCAUUGUCGCACGCUGCCCUCGCAGGAAGUGCUGCUAUACAUGGCACUCUUCCUCCGCCUCAUCUGAUAGCAAGUCCAGCUUUGGCAAGUCCCGUGGGCUCAACGUCAUCCACUUCAAGCACACCCCCGUGUUCGACGUUAUUUGUUGCAAAUUUGGGACAGUUCGUUUCCGAACAAGAACUUAAAGAUUUAUUUUCUAGCUAUCCCGGAUUUUGCCGCUUGAGAAUGCACAAUAAAGGGGGUGCUCCUGUAGCCUUCGUUGAAUAUCAGGAUAUACGUUUGGCCACCCACGCUUUGAGUUCUCUUCACGGAGCCAUAUUAUUUUCUUCGGAUAGAGGAGGGAUUAGAAUCGAAUAUGCUAAGAACAAGAUGGGAGAGGCAAGUAUAUAUUCCGUGUUUCAAGGGACUAAACCUCACCUUUGUAACCAUCCUGCCAUUUUCAGUAAAGUGCAGACAAUUAAGGAACAAUUGAUAUCAUAAAAAAACAUUGGAAUAUAUUUUAUUUGGCUGGCCUCAUAUUUUAAGUUUAUUCUUUCCUUUAAAGCUGAAUUUUUGCAACUAUUUGGACCAGUUAACAAAAAUUAUAUAUAUAUAUAUGUAUGUCUCUAUAUAUGUAUAUAUAUAUAUAUAUAUAUUACGAACAAGCAAUAUUUUAUAAAUAUGAAAUAUUGUGUUAUAACUUUGAGUGAAAAUUUAGAACUUAACAAAAAAAUUCAUCUCCUUGUCUGUAGAAUCUUGGGUUAAGAAGGAAUUGCAAGGGGGUCAUUCAUAUCACGUGAUGAUGAUAUCGAAUUUAAAAACAAAACGUUUAAAAAUGAAGAAAAAAAAAUGUAAUAUUUGUGGGCACAGAGUAACUACAUAUCAGAAACUCAUUGUUCGUUUCCUAUGAACAUAUCAAAUAUCUAAUAAAAAAAAUUAUCUAAAGUGGACCAUCGUACAAUCUUGGGGGACCCGAAUGGUACAUAUAUAUGUAUAUAUAUAUAUUUUGUACCAUCAUUUCUCAGUUCUAUAUGUACAGCACCUUCAUAAUUUCUCUGUGUACAGUUGUAUGUAUGAUCCUAUCCAUUCCACCUUGUGAGGAUAAUUGUCAUAAUUGUUGAAGGUAGAUGUAUAUCUGGAGAUCAAUUUUUUAGAAGAAUUAAUACAUAGUUGUGAUCAUUUUUCGCAUGUUUCUUGGCAAAUAUAUUGUGAUAUCCUAUUUGGUGGAUGAUAUUCCGCCGAAUAUAGAAAUGGUUGUCAUGGUUUUUUAAACGAAGGUAUAAAAAUAAAGUCUUGCUUUUUGCAAGUCAUAUAUAAAUAUAUAUAAAUAUAUAUAUAUAUA